AUGGCAGAUGGUUUGAUGGGGACCGGAACGAGUGCCACGGCGGGCGUGGUGGCGCCCCCGGCUCUGCGCAGGAUAUGGCGUGGGGAAGAGGCAGUGCAGCAGGUGGUGCGUGGGUAUUUGACUCGGGGCAACGUUCUUGUCUGGGAGCCUGCAGAGGAGAAGUAUCUACGCGCACAAUGGCACCUUGUUCCGCAACCCCUCGGCACGCUCGUCAAUCACGUAAUGCAGAAUGGGUUCCAUGGGCCUCCCUAUCAACUCGAGCCUGAGGCCGUGACCUUGCUGCUAGCCCAUGGUGCCAUUGAGCUGUAUGACGGCGAAGCUUACCAGCCGCCCGAGCCGGAAUUGAUUCAGCACGUGCGAGAACAGCGCUUGGACAGCGUGAUGCUUCAGAUGGAGCACUACUGUAGUACCAGCGAGCUCUCGACGGCUGAUCCGGCAUCCGAAGCUUCACUCAAGCCCAUCGCAAGCAACGAACCGGGCAGCGAUGAUGCCACACUUGUUGUUGCCGAUAAUGAGACCCCAACCACAACUCUCGACGGGGAGGGAUCGGACGAUCAGGAUGAAUCGAUCGCCGACAUGUCUGUCAAAGACCAGGCUGAGCCUGUGCCGAAGCGCGCCAAACGCGCCAAGCGCUCCAAGCGUGCUGAUCCUGACUUACCACGCACCAUUCUACCGUGGCGUCUGAACCGUGCUGACAUUCUACGCUGGCUCAAGAUGAUUGAGGCUAUGCGCGAGCAAGUUAAGCUGCCGGAUUUAUCACGACAGGAGCUGGCCACCUCUGACCCCAAUACCACAUGGAGCAGUCUCAAGCGCAGCGCACUCAAGGCAGUGGAUUCGGUGCGCUUUAUGAUUCCUCGCUUGCCCACGGCAUCGCGGCUGGAAUCCCUCCCCCGUGCUGCUUUGGCGUUUCCAACCACUGCCCAACAACGCCGCCGGGAGAUGGUUUAUCACGAUCUCGUGCAGCGUGGCUACUAUCUGACUUCGGGCAUCAAAUUUGGAGGCGACUAUCUUGUGUACCCAGGUGAUCCCUAUCGCUACCAUUCGCACUUUGUGGCGCGCGUGGUGCCGCACACCGCAUCCAUUUCACCCAUGGAUGUAUUGGCCCUUGGUCGGCUGGGCACAGUGGUGAAAAAGGCCCCCGUUUUAUGUUCGGUUGAUGUGGAUCGCGGCACGAUAAGCUACAUGUCCAUCGAGUGGACAGGUGCAAAUUGA